UUGUCAAUAAAAUAUAAAUUAUAAGUAAAUCCAAUUCUAGGACUAUGAAACGCAGAUCUCGAAGUAAGACUUCCUUUGCUUCAAGCACGGAUUACUAUUCUCUCUCGGACAAGCCUUCGUUGGGGAGAAGUCGAGCUCUACUGGCUGCAAAGCUAAAGCGUCAGGAAAAGAGUACAACGUCUAGCACAGGCUCCUCCUAUACUGACGCCACUUCUUUGCGAAAGACCCCAAUCACCUUCUCACCGAGCCCGAAGUUCAUGCAAACCGCCAAGGCUAAAUUAAAGUUAAUUGCCUUGUAUGAGGAUCACAAAUGCUUGUGGAAUCAGUGUAACAAAGAUUUCUUCAAUUUUGAACUCAAGGACCGAAUCUGGGAGGCGAUCGCCAAUGAAAUGAAAGUGGACUCCCCAUCUGGGUUUUGGAAACAUAUGAUCCACAAACUUCGCUAUAAAGUUGAACUCGGGCGCAUCCAAGAGCAUGGUGCAAAGUUUUCUGGUGAAUCGCCGCAGCCAAAACUUUUUUAUUCAGAUAAACUUCUGUUUCUAAAUCACAUGUUUGACCGAGAAGAGGGAAAACCACCAACCAUUCAUUCGGGACCUAAUCGUGAAUCAAAUCCAUCUAGAAACCUGCGACAUAUGCAAGAAAAGUCAAGUAAACGUACACCCAUUAGAGAAAAGAUGGCGUCUCUUGAAAAAUUAAGAAACCACCAAAACAGCAAGUUAGUUCUCACCCGCGAAGCGUUUCAAAAAAUGCAAAAAAUUACUAGUGGAGGCCCCUAUUACUUAACAAAAGCAAAGAUUAGGCCGUAGGUCUUGGG